CUACCCUUUACCUUGCGUCCUUGGUCCAUGUCUUACAUUUUGCAAGUCUCUUCAUUUGAUUAAACUUAUUGGGCCUUUCGACACCGAAAAGACCACGCUCAUAAUUUUAAAAAUUUGUUCAAAGUCAGCGUUUUAUGAUUUGAUUUCAAUAUUUUCAGUUCAUUUCCUACCCUCUUGGUUGGUCAUUUGCAAUCCUUUUCAUUUGUUGAGAAGACGUUUCAUUAGCGAACCGUUUUAAAUUAACUGAGAAUGGGAGCUAUUGCCCUAAUAACAGAGAACACCUUAAUGAACGUUGGUGUGGUGGUUCGCCUGCCAGUAGGCAACCCAACUAACACCGGAUACUAGCCUCCCAACAGGUGUCAAAACAAAUGAAUGCUGAUAAUAAACGAACGAGAGAGCGCGAGCGUGACAGUCUCACGACUGGGCAGACGACUGUUUACGUUUACUUCAUUGUUUGAGAGUCAAUUUUUCGCCGAAAUCCCUCAAGGACAUCAUGUCUGUGGAGGAGGGAUCUACUGCCGUUCCAUCCCCAACUAAAGAGAAAAGCAAAAGCAUACAGGCCAUUGAUAAAGAGGCGGUACACAGAAUAUGUUCCGGCCAGGUUGUUCUUAACUUGGCUACUGCUAUGAAAGAACUCGUUGAAAACAGUUUGGAUGCCGGAGCUACGUCGGUUGAAAUCCGAUUGAAAGAGUAUGGGAGUGAAUUGGUUGAAGUUAUUGACAAUGGAUGUGGAGUUGAAGAAGCCAAUUUUCCAGGUCUAACACUGAAACAUCAUACUUCAAAGAUCAGAGAAUUUUCUGAUUUGCUGGGCGUGGAAACGUUUGGCUUUAGAGGUGAAGCUCUGAGUUCCCUUUGCGCCCUUAGUGACCUGACAGUUACAACACGACACACUUCCAGUACAAUGGGAACACGAUUAACUUAUGACUCUCGUGGGUCUAUUAUCAACAGAACACCAUGUGCACGUCAGAUUGGGACUACUGUCACUCUCGCCAAUUUAUUUAGCCCUCUUCCAGUACGACAAAAAGAAUUCUUGCGCCACCUGAAAAGAGAAUUCGCCAAAAUGACUCAGUUGUUGUAUGCAUACUGCCUUAUUUCUACAGGUGUUAAAAUUUUGUGUUCAAAUCAAACAAAAAAGGGAGGAAAGAAUAUAAUUGCCUCCACUCAAGGAAGUGCCUCUUUCAAAGGCAACAUUAUGUGCAUCUUUGGAGCCAAACAGGCCAGCAGUCUUCUUGAUAUUGAGCUCGAGCCCCCUUCUGCAAGCCACCUGGAAGAGAUUGGUCUUCCCGGUAACAUUGAUGACUUUAGAGGGUUCCAAUUAGAAGGCUGCGUUUCAUCUUGCAGCCAUGGACAGGGUCGCAGCUCAACAGACCGUCAGUUUUACUUCAUAAAUAAUCGACCUUGUGACCCAGUGAAGGUUGCCAAAGUUGUCAAUGAGGUCUACCAUCAAUUCAACCUUCAUCAGUUUCCUUUCAUAUUUCUAAAUAUAAAAACAGCCCGUGAUAGUGUUGACAUCAAUGUGACUCCAGACAAAAGACAGAUAUUUCUAGAUAAUGAAAAGCUGCUGGUUGCAACAGUCAAGGCAUCUCUUUUGAAAUUGUAUGAAAAGAUUCCGCACACAUACAAAGUUCAAAAUGUAGCUGUUGGUCCAACCAAGAGUUCUUCUGAUAUAUGUCUGCCAUCUGCUAAUGUAUCAAAUGAGUCGUCCUACUCAUCACCCAACUCAACAAGCUCAAACAAAGUUAGCAAUUUUUCGUCUUUAUUAAAAAGUUUUAGUCAUUCAACAGCUAAAAAUAAGCAAACCCCAGAGUUCACAUCAAAAGACUAUUCUAACUUGAAAACUGGGCGAGGUGUCAAGAGAACCUUAAGCUCAGGAAAUUAUGAUAGAGAUGGAAAAAAGCAACUGUGUCUCAGUGAUUUUGUGUCACAAAAGAACAACUCCUCUGACAAUGCAGAGCCUUUACAACAUGAAACUGUUUCUAUUUCAAUGGACUGUGAUUCGGGUUUAUUAGCUGAUUCACCGCAUGACAUGAAUGACUGUACUCAAGAAACCCUAGAAAGUGAAGUUCACUGUGAAGAGUUGCACUCCCAUGUUACGUCAGAUGUCUCAUCCAAGGCAAUUCUGCAAAAACCAAAUGAGAGCUCUUCAUGUCGAACAGAAACCCAACCCAUCGAUGUUGAAAUUGAGGGAGCCUACCCAGAGAAGUUACCCACAGAGUCAGUCCAUGAACAAUCUUCUAGCUUUGUGGGAGAUGAAUGUGAUAGAUCUGGUUUGGAACAUAUCUCAGAACAGACAACAGUUCCAGACCAAACGUUUGAAAAGAAAUGUGAACAGAACACAAUAUUGUUUGAUAGUGACAAGAAAGAAGCCAAGCGUAAAUCUGUUACCUUCAAUGUUAGCAUGGAUAAGGUGCAGCGACUUCUGUCCAAGUCUAAGACGGACUCCAUCAUUGAAAAAGAUUGCAUUUUUGAUAAAAAGCCUAGAGUUAGAUUUUAUGCAGAAAUUGACCCAUCCAAGAAUAAAAAUGCAGAGCAAGAGCUCAGUAAGGAGAUAUCCAAAGACAUGUUUUCAAAGAUGGAAAUUGUUGGGCAGUUCAACUUGGGCUUUAUCGUUACUAAAUUAGGCCAAGACUUAUUCAUAAUCGAUCAACAUGCCACCGAUGAGAAAUACAAUUUUGAAACAUUACAGACUCAAACCACCUUGAAGAAUCAGAAACUUGUUAUUCCUCAGGCUCUAGAUCUGACAGCAGUUAAUGAAUGCAUUUUAAUGGACAACAUGGAUAUUUUUCUCAAAAAUGGGUUCAGCUUUGUAAUUGACAAAAAUGCUGAACCAACAAAGCGUGUCCGCCUGGCAGCUAAACCCAUAAGUCACAAUUGGGAGUUUGGCAAAGAAGACAUUGAUGAAUUACUCUUCAUGCUGCAGGAUUCUCCAAAUACCAUGUGCCGACCUUCUCGUGUGCGAGCUAUGUUUGCCUCUCGUGCAUGUCGUAAAUCGGUCAUGAUUGGAACAGCUCUGAGCAAAUCUACUAUGCGUCAACUUGUGAACCACAUGGGAGAAAUAGAACAACCAUGGAACUGUCCGCAUGGAAGACCCACUAUGCGACACUUAGUUAACCUAGACUUGGUGCGCAAGAGGAAAGAAAUUUAAAUUAGCCUAAAUGAUGUCUCUGUUUUAUCUUUCAGUAUUUGUUUUUAAUUGUUGUCUUUUAUUCAUUUUAUAUUUAUGCUUAUAAUAAUAAUCUUUUAAAAAUAUGAUUUUGUUUUUAUGAGGUGUCACAACACAGUUUGAAAGUUCGACCAUAGACUGUAUGCCACAUGGUGAAAACGGUAUCUGGGUUUGCCAGGAGGUCCAUGGUAAAGGCAUAGUCGAAUUCCAGGGAGUUCCUGGGUAAACCAGGAACCGAUUUUACCUUGCAAUAUGUAGUCUGAAACAGACAAAAUAUGGAUUUUUCACAAGAAUAUUAAUUUAAUAUUUCUAGAAUACUGGUAGUAAUAUAGGAGUCAACUGAGAGGAAGGUCAUCUGAUUCAUCCCAGCCGCUGCCCCUUCUAAGAGUGAGAGUUCUUAAACACACUUAUUGCAGGAAAAAAUACCUGUACUGAGAAAAUGAGCAAAUAAUUUAAAGAAGUAAUCUUGGUUUCACUUUAAUUAUAGUUCGAUCAAUUAUAAAAGUAAUGUACAAGAUACAGAGAUACAGGUACUCUUAAGCAAUUGAAGUAAAAUUUAGACAGAAAGGAACACCAUUACAAUCAACACUAUGUGCAGUACAAUUUAUAAACUCUCAGGUUUAUAUUCAUAGAAAGACUCUAAUUUGUCCUACAAAAUAAGGAUUGUCUUGUAAGCCCGUCAACAAAAUGAAAUAAUAUUUUUAAACAAAAUUGCCUAUUAUGGCGUUAGCUAGUAUUUCUUGAUUGAGAUCAUGUUUGAACACAAAUGCCACUAGGCAAAAUCAGAAUUGAUGAAGGCUAACUCAGUAAGACAUAUUGUAAAAUAUGAGAAAAUAACAAUAAUGAAGAAAAAAUAAGUGGAUUAGCGCAUGUAAAUCUAACAGACAAUCUUGUAAGAGAAUCAAAACUCAUUUGUAACUUUUGACAACUAUAGGCACUUCAUAGGAAAACCAAUGUUGCCUUUAGGAACCAAAUCCUUAAAGUGGUAUUUUUUUUUUUUUUUUUUUUUUUU